AUGUUUGUUUUGUUUAAUUACAGGCGGGGAUAAGAAAUACAGAUAACGUGAGAGUGGCUGGUAUCACAGAUAGAGAGCUACAUAGACAAGCACGCACCAUUUUAGUUGAAAUGGGACAAUUUUUCCAGGUACAAGAUGAUUACCUAGAUUGUUUUGGGGAUCCAAGUGUUACUGGGAAAGUAGGUACUGAUAUUGAAGAAGGUAAAUGUACAUGGCUUUCUGUUGUGGCAUUGCAACGGGCAUCCCCUUCACAGCGAGCAGUGAUGGAGGAGCAUUAUGGCAGAUCGGACCCAGAUAGCAUUGCCAAAGUGAAGGACCUUUAUAAGGAAUUAGGACUUCCUGCAACCUACCGUGCAUACGAAGAUUCGACUUCAUCCAUGAUUCGCAUUCACAUUCAGCAGAUUUCUCGAGGUCUCAACCAUAAUGUCUUUUUCAAGUUCCUCGAAAAGAUACACAGACGCUCUAGUUAAGGCCACCAAGUCAAGUAAUAAAUUAUUUCAGUACUAGAGCAUUCCAUUUGUACUUGUACUUUGUUAUUGAUUGACAUCACAAUGAAACAUCAUUUGUAUGUAAAAUCUGAUAAUGCUUCUUACAAAGGUGAUCAUGCUUUUGUGCAGAUACAUAUUUUUUGUGCCUAUGUGUAUGUUAUGAAUUUAAAGUUUUAAUUGCAUCCACAAUUAGGCAUUUAUGAAAUAUGAAGUGGCUAUGAUAAAUCAGAUUUUCGUUCUUCCUUUAUUUUAGUUGUGGUGGAAUAUUUAGAUUACUUCUCAUAGGUCAGAGUAAUUGUAUAGUUGUAGGUGAGUUCCAAAGUAUAGGAUGAACUAAACUGGUGAUGUGAAUGCUAAUUGUUUUUGUUAUACUUAAUUGUAUAUAUUUUGAGUGUUAGUAAAAUUUGAAUUCUAGAAGAGUAUAAGAUAGUGUUUGCUUAUGAGACACUUUGUAGAACUGGCAUCUAUAAGUCUUCCACACUGAAGUGAUGUGAAAUUUAAUUAUCUCAAGACCUUGUGACUGGAAAAUUAAUUGUUUACUAACUUACAGUGAUGAUCGGUCCUUGAUAUCUCCCAUUGUCUUGGAAUUACUGUACUAGUUCUAAAGUUUAUCUUUUACAUGUGUGAAUUCUUCCCUUAGCUAUUUUGUCUUGUUUAUUUUAGCUUUCUAACUUGAACGCUGUUGGUUCACUUUCCCACAUUUUAUUGAGGCAGAUUUUUCCCUUGAAGUACAGUUUAAGAGUUAAAUGAUGGCAGCAAUUAGCGUUACAUUGCUUAUCUGUUUAAAAAUUUAAGAGUUGAACGAUGGCAGCAAUUAGCGUUACAUUGCUUAUCUGUUAAAAAAUUUUAAAGAGUCAGUGUAUGUUAGAUCUAUUUAUAAUGCAGCUGUCAUGUUAUCCAAAUUAGGUUUGUACUUUAUCAUGUCUUUGUCUGAUUAGAAUAAGUACAUUAUAGGCUGUAAGUAGCUCUGGUGUUUAUUUAAGAUUAACUGAGUUUUCUUAUAUUUGUGAUAUGUUAUAGUUCACAUUUUUCUCCAAUGCUACCACAACAAUUGUUUAUUGGAAUUUAUUCUGUACUUAGUCUUUUUGCUCUCAGUUUAUGGUUGAUAAAUAGAUUUUUUUUAAAGAGUUUAUGGUUGAUAAAUAGAUUUUUUUUCAAAGAGCAAGUAGUAAGACGUAAUGGCUGUGACCUCUUUUUUACUUGUGAGUUUUGUAAGUUAAGUCAUCGUUAAAGGGGAAGGUACGUACUGUAGUUAUAUAUAGAAUAUGGGAAGGGACUAUAGUACUGUAUUCAAAAUCAUUAUUGUAAUCCUUGAAUACAUAGCAAAGUGUGUUCUUGGUAAACUAAGAGUAUUUUCUGUUAAGAUACACUUUUGUGCAGCUUAGUGAUUUGCCUAGAAUUAAAGAUUUUCUAGCAGUGUAAAUGUUUUCCAAAGUAGAUAUGUAAAACGGUUCUGUGUAUGAGAGGAAAUUAAAGGUAAAUGCUU